UUAUGUUUAUGUUCUUUUUUUCAUAGAUUUCUGAUUACCACAGACCGUAUCACUGAUGUACCACUGAUAGCUAUGCAUUGGAUAUAUUUUAUGCAAUUUGUCUAUAUGCCGCUACAGUGUGUGUACACAUUCAGCAAAUACCGGAAAAGGUGAAAUUUUGCUUAAUCGCAUGACCAUAUCUAUACACUAGAGGACGCUAUUCAUCACAAAACGGACUGAUGCUGCUUCUCUCUUGGAAAUAAAAGUACCAUCGUUUCAGGCACGCGCACUGGACAUUUGUUAAGAUAUAGAACCUCGCUCAUGUCACCGUAUUACUUUAUAGUGCUUGCUUUCACUAUAUUUCUCAGGUUGGGUGAUUUUAUCAGGUCAACAGCGCGCUGAUUGACAGUUAUCUGUCAUGAUUAGUCGCUUCAGCACCACGGACAGCGCUUCGGUUACCUUAAAUGACACACCAGAAGGAAAAUGCAUGGACGACGACCACGGACUACGUGUUAAGACUAUAGUAAAUCUCGAUGUAAAUACUCUGCUAGGUGUACAUCCAUUAAAAAUGGACUUUGGGAGUCAUUUAAACGUAAUUGCAAAAGUGAAGUUCAGCUCUAAGCUGUCACUUGGUUUGACAUUUUGUAUCUAAAGCAAUGACAUUCAGACAUUUAAAAUGUCACUUAAGUCUCCAGAUAUUUAAUUUAAUUUCAUUCAGUGUGGAAAUACAAUCACAACCUCUUUUAUUGGAUGUCUGAAGGAAAUGGAAGGCUGCAUAGUUUUUAACACAUUUGUGACCCUGGACGACAAAACCAGUCAUAAGGGUCAAUUUUUUUUUAAAUUGAGAUUUAUGCAUCAUCUGAAAGCUGAAUAAAUAAGCUUUCCAUUGAUGUACGGUUUGGUAGGAUAGUAUGGUUUAUAUAGGAUAGACAAUAUUUGGCCGAUAUACAAUCUGAGUGUGCCAAAAAAAAAAAAAAUUAAAUAUUGAGAAAAUCGUCUUUAAAUUUGUCCAAAUAAAGUUCUUAGCAAUGCAUAUUACUAAUAAAAAAUUAAGCUUUGACAUAUUUACAGUAGGAAAUUUACAAAAUAUCGUCAUGAUUUUUACUUAAUAUCCUAAUGAUUUUUGGGAUAAAAGAAAAAUCGAUAAUCCAGGGUGACAUUUUUUAAAAAUCUAAUAAUAUUUAAGUAACUAACAGAGAGUUAAACAACAUGCUGAGACAGUCACAUUGUAAAAAUGACCAUUGUGAUGUUUUUUUUAUGUGUUAUAAUAAAAUAUUGUAUAUAUAUCUGCAGCAAUAUUUAUAUAUAGCUGCAUCUGCAGCAAUAUUUUGAUACCAUUAUGAUUUUAUAGACCUGUUGCUAAAAUCUAUAUAUUUUUUUAAUUGCUACGGAUAAAUAUUUAAAUAAUUUUGUGUUAAAUAAAAUAAAAUAGAUAUAGAAAUUCACCGUUGUUAAAGUCAUCGCGUUUACUUCUGAUUGGGCCGCGUUAGCGACCGUUCAGAGAUGACGCGCAGCUUCAGUGUAGACAGCCUCAAGCCGUUGCAGCGCGACGCGUCGCGAGGCGUCAUCGUUCGCUUCCAGUGUAGACUCGGUGUCAGAGUAGCACCGCUCUCCUUUAAGACGGACCCACCGUUGCUGUCACCGGAGGUUCCCAUUAUGCUCCCCCCUCACCUCCCUCCCCCCAAAACAAGAACGCACUAGACAAGACGGCUACGUGCUCCGCCGCGAUCUCCACAAUAGACUGGAUGCGUACGUAUACAGGCUGGUAUUUAUUCAGAAAUGAUGUUUCGAUGAAGCGUCUUGGGUUGUUUUCGGCCUACGCGACCGCGAUCGGAUCGAUGGAGACGGAUACGUGUUUAUUAGUGUGUAAGGCACGUCGUUUUCCUUCGACAAAUAAUGGAUUACCCAGCAUCUGGUUUGAAGAAUGAAGAACCGUACGACGCUGAUGUGAUCAAAACGAUGCACCUGAUGUCUCGGAUCUCCAAACGGCUCGAGGUACGGUCAUAUAAAAGACUCAACUGAUUGUUAGCGGCUGAUAUUUUGUACAUCAAACUGGGGGACCAGGAGUGCUUAAUGUCGGAUUACAAAGCCCAGGCUGGGUUGUGCUUGCACAGAUGGCGAACACAAGUGAUCCAGGGGGAAGCAACCCCUCGCUCCAGAAUUAUGCCAUCACUGCGUCUGCGGUCAAACUGGCGUCUUUGGGUCUCAUCACCUGCAUCAGCCUGCUCGGGAAUACCGUGCUCUCCGUGUUGGUGCUGAAAGACAGCUCGCUCCACAAGGCUCCAUAUUACUUCCUCCUCGACCUGUGCGUGGCAGACAUCAUCCGCUCGGCCGUGUGCUUCCCGUUCGUGAUGAUCUCCAUCAACAGCGGCUCCGUCUGGAGCUACAGCAUCAUCAGCUGCAAGAUCAUCGCGUUCAUGGCCGUCCUGUUCUGCUUCCACAUCGCGUUUCUCCUCUUCUGCGUCAGCGUAACGCGCUACAUGGCCAUCGCGCACCACCGCUUCUACUCCAAACGCAUGACGCUAUGGACAUGCGUCGCGGUGAUAUGUAUGGUGUGGACGCUCUCGGUGGCCAUGGCGUUCCCCCCGGUCUUCGACGUCGGGACCUACAAAUUUAUCCGCGAGGAAGAGCAGUGCAUAUUCGAGCACAGAUACGUGAAAGCCAACGACACGCUGGGCUUCAUGCUCAUGCUGGCCGUGAUUGUGGCCACGACACACGUCGUGUAUGUAAAAAUGCUGUGUUUUGUUUACGACCACCGUAAAAUGAAGCCCGCGCAGCUGGUUCCGGCUAUCAGCCAGAACUGGACCUUUCACGGACCGGGCGCGACGGGCCAGGCCGCCGCCAACUGGAUCGCGGGGUUUGGACGCGGUCCGACGCCGCCGACGUUAGUGGGCAUCAGGCAGGCGUCACACAACGCCAACCGGAGGCUGCUCGUCCUGGACGAGUUCAAGAUGGAGAAACGGAUAGGAAAGAUGUAUUACAUGAUCACGCUGGCGUUUCUGCUGUUCUGGGCGCCCUAUAUUGUCUCCUGCUACAUCCGGGUGUUUGUGAAGGGAAACGCGCUUCCUCAGGUGUACCUGACCGCGGCCGUCUGGUUGACGUUCGCCCAGGCGGGGGCGAAUCCCAUCAUAUGUUUCAUAUUCAAUAAGGAGCUGAGAAUGAGAUUCAGAGCCUGUUUGCCGUGUUGCCUGACUACACAAACACCCAUGGAGCCCUACUGCGUGAUUUAAAGUGUUUUACUCACUUGUUUUCACUGGCUCUGCCUGCUUGUCAAACAUACAGUGGCCCCAAAAAGUACAAGAGACCUGGGAGUGUUCAAACCUCUGGCGUAUCUCCAGUUUUUUAUAGCAUUCCCAUAUUUGUCUGCUUCAAAUUAAAGCAUACUGGGAAUGUUACAUUAAUAAAACUCAUGUGUUUUAAGUUUUGCCUGUUCAUUCAUUUUCUGUGGUAAUCAGAUUUAUUAUUAUUAUUAUAUUACUCCCUCCACUAACCAUCAACCUGAUUUCAAUACAGAAAGGAAACAAAAGGGAAAUAUUUCAAAACAAAUAAUGAAUAAAAAAUACACACAGGAAAAUAAAUUAAAAUAUAUUAAAAUGUAAAAACACUCCCGGUCUAUUUAAACACAAAACCAUUAAAGUGUAUUCAUUUCACUGCAUUGAUAAAUCAUUUUUUUUUAUUAAUGCCACAUAAUAUUUUGUUAUCUAAUGCAGUGGUGUUUAUUCAUAUUUGUGUCUUGAUUUUUUUUUUUUUUUUUUUUUUGGACUCUUGACUUUUUGGAGCCACUGUAGCAUGUGAUACUUUCCUUCAUUCAGAGGUGAAAUCUCACACCUGUUCUAACGUUGCAUAUCAGAAGAUCCAUAUCCACAUUUAUGCAAUCCACAUAUCGAUGUAAAUAAUGUAAAAAGAUGAUUUAUUUAUAUUCUGGAGCUCUUUAUAACUGAUAUGUAAUAUAUUUGCUAUGACUUUUUGUGUGAACUAAAUGGCCAGUGGCUUUUUACUAUUACAUGGACUAAAUGUGAAUAAACCGAGUCCCUCUCACAGUCCCUUUAAAUUGAUUCUGGAUAUUUGUUUUCAGUGGACACAAGCAAAUUCGAUGGGUCAGUGUUGAGGAGACUAUGAUUUGUAUUUUAAUUAAAAUAAAUAAUUAUAAAUGUACUGUGUUGGUGUGCUAAAGCAAUACAAGAAUCAAAUGCAAAGACAAACGUGAGCAAAAGGCCAGCGAGGCAUUAAAAGAAGGGGAUUUUGUUGUCGUGUCAGACUAAACUGAUGUAAAACAUCUGGCUUUUGUACAUAUUUUGCUAAGCCUCCAUCUCAUUACUUGCUCUUAGAUGUUGUAGGGGGGUGAAAAAAAACAUGAGACAUAAUGUGAUGUUUCAGACACACUCAUCCAGGGAGAAAUUUUUGGCUGCGUUUCCAUCCCCCCACCCUUCCUACAGACAGUUAUAUAAUACAGAGCCCUUUUUUCGUGAACCUCCCCUCAGCACAACUCCAGCACUACAUUCAUGUGAUCUGGUACGUUGCACUGACAGAAUGAAUGCAGGCCACAAGAGAUGUGAAAUAAGAUUAUCUGUCUUCAGUAAAUGUAAACAGGGCAUCCUGG